AUGGAACUCAAGACCAUCCUCAUCGAUAACCCUCAGGGCCUGAACCUGAUUCUCGGCCACUCCCAUUUCAUCAAAACAGUCGAAGACCUCCAUGAAGCUAUAUUCAACACUGUUCCUGGGGCCAAGUUCGGCCUUGCCUUUUGCGAGGCCUCGGAUGUCUGCUUGGUUCGCUACUCGGGAACCGAUGCAGAGCUCGUCACUCUGGCCCAGCGAAAUGCCAUGGCCAUUGGGGCCGGCCACAGCUUUAUCAUUUUCCUACGCGACAUGUAUCCUCUUAAUGUCCUCGGCGCUAUCCGUGCUGUCCCCGAGGUUUGUCGCAUCUACUGCGCAACGGCGAAUCCUGUGGAGGUGAUUGUGGCCCAGACAGAGCAAGGCCGGGGAAUCCUAGGCGUUGUGGAUGGCUUCAGUCCCAAAGGCAUCGAAGGUGAAGCGGACAUAGCAAAGCGCAAGGACUUUCUGCGGAUAGUGGGAUAUAAAGCGUAG